CCCGCCCCAGACGCCAGGUCCGGUGCUGCCGCACCUCCCGGCUCUGUCACCUGGCGCGCGGGCGUGGCCGCUCCUGCAGAGCCCUGAACCCGUAGACCCGCCCCUGGGGCGACUCGGGCUGGGCCUCCUGCCCGCCUGGUCGGACUCAGCGUCCGCUCGGCCUCCCUGCCCGAGGCGACCGGGCCCUCGGCGCGCUGGGGUGGGAUCGCUCCGCGCGGGGCGGGGCGGGGCUGGGGGCCCUCAGCCGCACCUCCCCUCUCUGCGUCCCCGCCGUGGGCCGAGAAGGGCCGCCCGGGAAAGAGGGUGCGGCUGCGGGGGGCAGUCUCUGACCUGGCUUCUGAUCCCGCAGGAUGGGCGACCUGUCAGGUACUGCUGCUGCACUGUGAGAUGGAAAGUGGUUCAAGAAACUCCAAGCACGAAGCAGAAACUCAGCUGAGGGAGCUGAGCCCAUUUUCAAAGGGCUCCACGUAUCAACUUUUCACAUCACAACAAGCUGAUUUAGUGGAAAAGACAUGUCUAUAGGACUCCACUCCUUCUAGGGAGGGGAACAAAGAGGCAGAGAUCAUGGCUGCUGUGAUUUCUUCAGCUGGAUCUCUGACUCUUGAAGUUUCCCAGCCAGGUGAAGAUCAUCUUCAGGCAGAAGAACCAGCAUUGGUAAAGGAAUCAGUGACAUUUAAAGAUGUGGCAAUAGACUUCACAUUGGAAGAGUGGAGGUUGAUGGACCCUACACAAAGGGGCCUGCACAGGGAUGUGAUGCUAGAGAAUUAUAGGAAUCUUGUCUCCCUGGGGCUUACAGUUUCCAAACCCGAUAUGAUAUCUCGUUUGGAGGAUAAAAAAGGACCAUGGGUGGUAAUGAGAGAAAUUUCAAGAGCCCCCUAUCCAGAGUUGGAGACCAAACCAGCAACCAAAUAUGCUAUACUAACAGAGGAUAUCUUUGAAGAUUUGUCACAGGAAACCAGAGUAGAGAAACUUGCAGAGAAUGGUCUAUGGCACUCCAGAAUGGGAGGAUUGUGGAAAUGGAAUGACAGGAUAUUGAGACUGCAAAAUAGUCAGGAGAGUCAGAGCCAAAUAGUUACACAGAAAAAAAUUCACACUGGCCAAAGAGGCAUUAAAUUUGGGUCUAUAUUUUGUCCAGAGCCAGGAGUUACCACAGAAGAGUUCCACAGCAAAUGCCAAAAUCAUGAGGAAAAUUUCACAGAGAAUUUAGAUUUGAAUACAGAUACCCAUUUGGGGAAGAAAAAUUGCAAGGAUACGGAAGGCAGCAAUACUAUAAAGCCUGCUUCAGAACUUACUUUAAGGGGAAAAAAUAAUAACAAAGAAAAACCCUAUAAAUGCAGUACAUGUGAAAAGGCCUUUUGUUAUAGGUCAUUACUCAUUCAGCAUCAAAGAACUCACACUAAAGAAAAACCUUAUGAAUGUAAUGAAUGUGGGAAAAUGUUUAGUCAGCCUUCAUAUCUUAGUCAACAUAAAAAAAUUCACACUGGAGAAAAACCCUAUAAGUGUAACGAAUGUGGAAAGGCCUUUAUUGCUUCUUCAUCACUGAUGGUACAUCAGAGAAUUCAUACUAAGGAGAAACCUUAUCAGUGUAAUGUCUGUGGAAAAUCUUUUAGCCAGUGUGCACGCCUUAAUCAGCACCAGAGAAUUCAAACUGCAGAGAAGUCCUAUAAAUGUAGUGAAUGUGGGAAGGCUUUUAGUGAUAAGUCAAAACUUGCACGACAUCAAGAAACUCACAAUGGAGAGAAACCCUUCAAAUGUAAUGAUUGUGGGAAAGCCUUCAGGAAUAAGUCAUAUCUUAGUGUACAUCUGAAGACCCAUACUGAAGAGAAACCAUAUAAAUGCAAUGAGUGUGGGAAAUCCUUCAAGAAUACCACAAUUUUUAAUGUUCAUCAGAGAGUUCAUACUGGAGAGAAGCCCUUUAGAUGUAAUGAAUGUGGAAAAGCCUAUAGAAGUAAUUCAAGCCUUAUUGUACAUAUAAGAACUCAUACUGGGGAAAAACCCUAUGAAUGUAAUGAAUGUGGAAAAGCAUUCAAUCGUAUAGCAAAUUUCACAGAACAUCAGAGAAUUCACACGGGAGAAAAACCUUAUAAAUGUAAUGAAUGUGAGAAAGCAUUCAUUAAUUAUUCAUGCCUUACAGUACACCACAGAAUGCAUACAGGAGAGAAACCUUAUAAAUGUAGUGAAUGUGGAAAGGCCUUCAUGCGUUCCUCAUCUCUAAUUAUACAUCAACGAAUUCAUACUGAAGAGAAACCUUAUCUAUGUAAUGAAUGUGGGGAAUCGUUCAGAAUAAAAUCACACUUAACUGUACAUCAGAGAAUUCAUACAGGAGAGAAACCGUAUAAAUGUACUGACUGUGAAAGGGCAUUCACAAAAAUGGUAAAUCUUAAGGAGCAUCAGAAAAUUCAUACUGGAGUGAAACCCUAUAAAUGCUGUGAUUGUGGAAAAUCCUUCAGGACUAAGUCAUACCUUAUUAUACAUCAAAGGACCCAUACUGGAGAAAAACCAUAUAAAUGUAAUGAAUGUGAGAAAGCUUUUACUAAUACAUCACAGCUUACUGUGCACCAAAGAAGGCAUACUGGAGAAAAACCCUAUAAAUGUAAUGAAUGUGGGAAGGUUUUCACAAGUAACUCAGGAUUUAAUACCCAUCAGAGAACACAUACUGGAGAGAAACCUUUUAAAUGUAAUGACUGUGGGAAAGCAUUUAGCCAGAUGAUACAUGUCACAGAACAUCAGAAAAUCCAUAGUGGAGAGAAACCCUAUAAAUGUGAUGUGUGUGGAAAAGCCUUCAGGAGGGGUUCAUACCUUAUAGUGCAUUGGCGAACACAUACUGGAGAAAAGCCCUAUACAUGUAAAGAAUGUGGAAAAGGUUGUAUUACUCUCUCACAGCUAACUCUGCAUCAGCGAAUUCAUACUGGGGAGAAGCCCUAUAAAUGUGAAGAAUGUGGAAAAGCCUUCAGAACAAACUCAGACUUUACUGUACACCUAAGGAUGCAUACUGGAGAAAAACCCUAUAAAUGUAAUGAAUGUGGAAAAACCUUUAGGAGUAGCUCCAGCCUUACUGUACAUCAAAGAGUACAUCAGAGAAAAACUCAGUUAAUAUAAAGAAUAAUAAGUCAUCCAGUUGUCUAUAAGAAAAAUCAUAAUCUGUAUAUAUAAUGAAAGUGGGAAGACUUUCAGGAAUCAAUUUACCAGAAGAUACACACAGAAAAAAAUAGUCUAUAAACAUAUGAAUGAGGAAAAACAUUUAAUCAUAUUAAAUCUUAUAAGGAAAUUCACAAUGGAGUGCAAUAAUGGACAAAUGAAAGCCUUUAUCCAGGUUUGAUACUUUAUUCAUGUAACAGGUUAUCUCUAAUGAAUUGCCUAUAUACUUUUGCCUUUUUUUUUCUAUUGGUUUGUUUAAUAAAUCUGGAAGUGCUCUUUUAUAUAUUUUAGAUAUUCAUCUUUUGUAAUCUGUGUUGCAGAUGUUAAUCUGUAUAUAUAAUGAAAGUGGGAAGACUUUCAGGAAUCAAUUUACCAGAAGAUACAGAAAAAAAUAGUCUAUAAACAUAUGAAUGAGGAAAAACAUUUAAUCAUAUUAAAUAUUAUAAGGAAAUUCACAAUGGAGUGCAAUAAUGGACAAAUGAAAGCCUUUAUCCAGAUGAACAUGGAAACAGGUAUGGAAGAAUCUACACCAGACAGUUAACAUUGGUUAACUUGAAGGGAGGCGGAGAAGAGGAGAAGUAGAUUAUGAGUAAGGAAAAAGACUGGGGAAAAAGAGAAAUGAAAGUGCAACAUGUAUGGUACAAAAUUCUAUGUAAAAUUAUGUAUUUGUGUGAACUUUUGAGAUCCAUGAAUGAAGGGAUGGUCUCCAAAACUUGAUGGCUGUUUCAGAGUUGGUGGAGUAUUAGGUGUUUUUUGUUUAACUUUUCUGCAUUUUUCUAUAUUUUUUUGUUUUUCUUUCCAAUGAGCAUGUAAUAUUUAUAUAAACAGGAAAAACCUAUUUUUCUUGUGAAGCUAAUUCAUCAGACACCUGAUAUCAGCUAGGAAUCACCCUGGAUGCUGGAUGUACAUUGGUGUGGGGAGGUCUGGUCAUGGAUCUAAGAAUGUGGGAAUUGGUUUUGAUGUUGCCUAGAUUCCAAAGUUACACAGCACUUCACUCCCCAACCCUCUGUGUUUCAUUUGGAGGAGGUAAUAGAAAUUUUAUAUAGAUGGAAAACAUAUUCAAGAAUAUCUAGACUUGUGUCUAUGCUGUAGAGAAGAAGACCACAAGCCUCAGAAAGAAGUUCCACUUUUAACAUGGUGCCAAAAUAAAGGUCAUAAUAGUAAUAAGUUCUGUGUAUAGCCUCACAGAACAUUGGAGUAUAGAGAGAGGAAAUAGACCAGGACUCCCAAGUCCACAUUGAAGGCUAGGAAUACUAAGAGAGUCCUGGGAAACCAGAAGCUGUGGACCUGAUACCAAAAGGCUCUAACACAGCGGUUCUCAACCUGUG